GUUAAUACAUGAAAAAAAAACUUGACAAAUCAUUUUCUCCGUAAUUAUAUAUAUAUUAUAUGAUAUUAACGUAUGUGUAACAUCAAUAUAAAUAUUUUAAAUAAAAUGAGAGAUGUAAACAAGAAAUAUAAGGGCAAGUAUACAUAUGUUCAGUUAUUUUCAGAUAUCCAUUCGGGUUUGGAUAUUACCCGUUUGAGUUCGAAUAUCCAAUCUCUCCUAAAUCAAUACCCAUUCAGGCAUUUUCCUAUAUCGGUUCGGAUUUCGGUUUGGGUUUUUCGGGUCGGGUUCGAAUACGGGUUCAAGUAUCGGGUAAAAUAUCCAUCCCGACUAUAUAUCAUAAACAAAAAGGACCAUAAUUUAUUAAAACUAAUAGUAUUGCUAAAUUUGGGAGUAGUAUUAUAUUUACAUGUUCAUAUUUUCAAGGUUAAUUUUUUAUAUUUUGGUAAAUAAAUAUUAUUUAAUUUCAAGUUAUAGUAAAAAUCUGUUUUAACAUGUUGUACAUAUAAAAGUCAUUUAUUUUAACGGAUCAUAAAAUCUAAUAAUUAAAAAAAACAUAAAAAUUACAAAGUUUAAAGUUUGACCUAAAAUAAAUACCAUGAGUAAGCCGAAAUUACAAAUUCAUCGGAAAAUUUAAACCACAUGCGAAAAGGAAAGACUAAGAAAGUAGAGAUGAUAUCUCGGCGUUCUGUCGAUGGCUGCGACAAAAAUAAAUCCAAUGGAAGAUAAAUAGCAACAUUUUUUUAUGUUUUUGGGAGACAAAAAAAGGAGAAUUGUGAAACGGAUCACGAAGAGCAGGUGGUAGCGAAUAUUAUGCCAUCUCCAACGUCGGAGGCUGUAGAGGAUGAAGAGUCGAUUUCGAGUUCAACAAUGGAGAAAGAUUCUGCAACUAAGAAGUAUAUCGAAAACCAUUACAACAAACGCAUGACAUGAAACACAUAAAGGCUAAGGCUCCGGCCAUAGAGGCCAAACACUUGGUAUGAUUUUGAUUGAAUUCUCUCUUUUUUUUAUGUGUUUUGUGUUUUGAUGAUUAGUCAAUAUAACAAUGUGUCAGGUUGCUGAGAAAGAACAUGUUUAACCCUUCAAACUAUUUCGAUUUCUACGGGAAGGUUCUUAUAGGUAUUGUAAGUAAAUAAUAUAUUGUUUCGUAUGCUAAAUGAUUCAAUAAAGUCUUAGAAUGCUCAAAGUGCAUGGUCAAUUGUUGUAAACAAAGCUUAACAUUCUCAAAAAGGUUUGGAUGCUCCAAGGUUAAAAGACGCUCCAAAGUUAAAACACUAAACAUAUAAUCUUUAGAUAUUGAUCUUUAGCAUGAAUCUUUCCGUAACUAUAACACUUCAACCGAUACGACUUUAUAUAUCUAAAUUUUUCUACAACGCACUGUGUCACAUAUACAUAUUAUUUCAGAUCUUUAACCUCAAGUAAAUAGUCAUCUCACAUAAGAACAAAGAUAAUAUCCGGCCGACCCUAGUAAACUAUAUAAGAAAAGAAAUACAGUCAACACAACCAAAACAUAGUUGUUUUUUUUUUCCUUUGAAUGAAAGUCAAUAAUGAAAAAGUUGACUUGACUAGUAUUCCUAUUCUUUCUUUUUAAUUAACCUAUUUCCUUACAUUGUAUUCAAUGGUUAUCCCAUUAUAUGUAGACCUAUUGAAUAGAAACCCAAUAUCUCAGAUUUAUUGGACAAAUGUCAAAAAUUUAUGAUGAUGAAAAUAUUUUUUGUAAUAUAAAAAGCACACAACUUCUUGUAUAAGAUAUAGACAUCUUCUGGCAUUACAUAUAAUCUCUCUCUUUCAGUCUAAAUCUCUACAAAAGUAAAAUUUGUAAUGUCGGAGGGAAGUAGAACCGAUGAUGGCGAUAUAACUCUAUUUAAGCAGCGAGAAACUUCUCAAAUGAGCUCUUUUCUCAACGAAUUUCCGGCGAGUGCUAAUGUUCUUGUUGUCGAACCCAAUUUUGUAACUUUACGUAAGAUGAAAAACCUCAUGAUCAAAUACGGCUAUCAAGGUCUCUAUUUCCCCUCUCUCAUUUUGAACGAUAGAUUGUGUUAUUAGGGUUAGGGUUUAUACUGAUAUGUUUUUUUGUUAUCCAGUGACGGUGUAUGCGGAUGCAGAAGCAGCUCUCGCGUUUCUGAGAAACUGUGAACAUGGGAUUAAUCUCGUGAUCUGGGAUUUUCAUAUGCCUGGAAUUAAUGGAAUCCAAGCUCUCAAAAUCAUUUGUACAAAGAUGGAUCUGCCUGUCGUAAGUAUGUAAAUCGAAGUUUUUUUUUCAAAUUAUAUUAAUUAAACCAAAUUUCUAUUAAUUAGAUUUUAAAAAAUAAUUAUCUAUUUCGUCUUUGUGUAGUUAUGUCUGAUGAUGACCGAACAGUAUCGGUGAUGCAAGCAACGGUUCAUGGUGCAUGCUACUAUGUUAUGAAACCGAUUAGAAAGGAGAUCAUAGCCACCAUAUGGCAACACAUUGUACGUAAGAGGAUGAUGUCUAAAUCAGGUGUAAUUCCACCGGUUCAAUUAGAUGUGGUUCAGAAUAACGAUGGUUUCAAGGAAAACAAAGAUGACUCCAUGCCCGUGGACCAAGGUAAUAGUGAACAAAACAUCAAUAUGAUAGGAGAAAAGGCAGAAAAGAAACCGCAAAUUGGAGAAAAUCUACCAAUCCAAUCAGAUUCGGUUCAGAAUAACGGUUCAGACCAAGACAACAACGAUUCAUGGACCACAAGCCCAUACAACAGUGAACAAAACAUCGAUGGAGAAGAAAGAAAGCAACUGAAGACACGGGUGGUGUGGACUAAUGAUCUUCAAGAGAAAUUUCUCGAAGCCGUCAAUACUCUUGGUGGUGCAAGAAAAGCUAAUCCCAAGCCACUUCUCAAAAUGCUGGAAGACAUGAAUAUCAAAGGGCUCACUAGAAGAAAUGUGUGUAGUCAUCUUCAGAAAUAUCGUCUUAGUCUUCAGGGAAAACAAAUCACUCAACAGAUGCAAGAGUUUGGUUGGUCCAGUGCAUGUACAACUUCACCUCUCUUAGGUUUGAACAAUGUUCACACUGCAACAUCGUCCCUUAUAAAUGGUGGAGCCUCUUACCCGGUCCAGGAGAAUCAGUAUCAAAAUGGCUACAUGGAAGUGAACAACAACCACGCUGCAUCAUCGUCCCUUAUGAAUUGUCGAGCUACUUACCCGGUCGAGGACAAUCAGUAUCAAAAUGGCUACUUGGGAGUGAACAACAACCAGGUCAUGACCAAUACUAUGCCUUAUGAUUUUGACCAUGAUAACUAUUUGCAGAAGCAGAAGCUUGAACAACAACAACAAUAUCAACUUUCUAAUCAAAUGAAGCCUGAAAAAGCUUCCAACAUCGAUAUACUAAAGGAUCUCGGACUGGCGUAUACUAUGCCUCGUUUGCCCUAUGAUCUUGGCCAUGGGAACCAUCUCCAGCAGGAACAACAACAUCAGCUUCCUCAUCAAUGGAAUAACGUGAUGAGUAACAAUGAACCGGAACAAGCUUCCGGCAAUGGUGUAACGGGCGUUGAGGGGACUUAUCCAAGUUUACCGUAUGACCCAAACGACUUCUAUAGUUACAAUAAGUAAUUUGGCUGUUUCUUGGAAGUUUCAUGAUUUGUGAGAGAAUCAUCAGUGACAUGAAGAAAAGGAAGGGAAGAACGAGAGCAUGCAUGUGACUUGUUUUGUGAGUCGCAAGAAGAUUAGUUAGUUAUUAUUCUAUGGAACUCAUUUCAAAUAUUGGUCAGUGAUAAUAUGCAUAUCAGUACAACAGUAUCAAUGUAUUUCAUUUUCUCUUAUAUACAUUUGUUAUUUUAUGGAUAAUUCUGUUUUUUUUAAUAAAUAACUUGAUUCCAAUUAUUAACCAGUUAGAUGCGCGUGAGUUAAUUCCAUAAGGAAAUCACUACUAUAUAGAGACUAAUUUUAAAGCUUUUCGAGGGGUCCACGUCAGCACAAAUAUUCCCCACCAAUUAUUAAGGCACGUCAUUUUGAUUUCUGGUGAAAAUCGUACUGGGCCAUUGUAAGAUGUUGUUAGGCUUAAAAACAAGUUUUCUCUAUUUGGCCCGAAAUAUAUAAAACCCUAUAGCCCAUGUAGACCAUAUUAUCCUCUUCGUUUUAUCCAAACCUAAUUUGUAACGAUCGUCAGACGGUCCAAGUUCUGAUUGCCUUUUCGCCGACGUAACCGCAGCAACAAUGAGAAUCUGUUUUCAAAGCUUCUUGAUUACUAACCAAUUCGAAACGCAGCUAAUUAACUCGCCACCUCCUCCCUCUUGGGCCUAUAAAAACCGAUACCUCCUCUUUCUUUGUCGUUCAGAAUCAUCAAAGUUUUCACAUUCCCUCAAAUUCAUCAAAACUUUCCUGAAAUUUUCCAUGGCAAACCGAUCGCCGGAAACCACCGCUAAUGGCCAAUCGUCUGAAACCACUGUACUGUCGUUGAGGGUUCAUCGCUCCUAACCGCCUAGAGAGUAAAGAGUUAUGCAAGUCGCCUUAAACGUGGUGGUCUUCAAUCGUCGGGAAGGGAUCUUUAGUGAAAGCUUUGUAAUAGCCUUUCGUCUCAGUUUACUAUAGUUUUCUGACUGUCAUUUGUGCUUUGAUCUUCCAUGUUUGGUACGACACUGAACGCCUUGCUCCUGCUACGUACAAAGCAUCACUUGACAUAUGUUUAGUUUUCUUUGAAAAGUGUUCUUGGGAGUUGUCUGUGAUCUUUUUAUGUUCGAUCUUUUAUAUAUUGUGAGUUUGUUAGGAACGAGGAAGAACAAGCGGUUGAGAGAAUUGAGGGAAAUGGAGGAGUUCGAGCUCCAUCACUGGUUGUUGGAGGUUUAAAAGAUGGAGAUGAAGCUUCACUGGAGAGGAUUCACCAUCUGGGACCAACUGAAAAUGGGCAAAUUGAUUUCAAGGAGAUGUAAUCUGUGACACAACUUCAGGGUCUGCAUAGCGCAAGAACGACGUCCGAGCAAGCGCGGCUUCAUCUGGUCAUCACUUUGUCUUCUAAUGCUAUGAGAAUUACUUUAUUUUGCAUCAAUCUGUCAGUCAACGCCAUUACAUGUAGCGUAACAUGUAAAAGUUUUGUUAUCUAGAAAAGUUACUUUGUUUAUUUAAAUUGAUUUGUGUGAUUGUGUAGUUUAAUUAUUUUUUAUCCUUAGCUCACACCUUGGUAUGUUGACGAGUUUGUCUUCUGUGACUUUUUUACUUUUUUGUCUUUCAAUGGUGUUUGUA